AUGAAGCUAUCCCACCUACCCACCCUACUCCCCCUCCUCACAACCCUAACCUCCGCCCUCCGCACCACCUCCACCCCCAACUGCACCCGAUCCUGCAUGACCACCAUCGUCAACCAAAUCCUGGACUCGAUCCUCACCCACGACCCAUCCACCCUCCCCCUCGCCCAACAAUACCGCGCCACCGAAAACUCCCACCCGGCAGCCCUAAGCAUGAUGACCCUCUGGCGCACCGUGACCCACGCCCCCCCCCCCCCAAACCUCCUCGCCAUCGACACCACGACGGGCUCAGCCUACUUCGCCCUAGACAUCACCGAAGGCAGUACCCCCACCCCCAGCAACCCCACCUCCCAAACACAAUCCGUCCUCUGGACACGCAUAAAAGUCCAAAACCAACAAAUCACCGAACUCGAAAUCUACAUAAACCGCUCACGAGGCGACCACGGGUUCUCAUUCUCGCCUGCCGAAUUACCCCAUAACUACCAUCGGUGGAUGUCUCCGCCUAGUAGCCGCACCAAGGCCACUCGAAGGGACCUGGAAUCUCUCAGCGCCGCGACAUCCAAUCCCAAUUACAAUCUGACCGUCACGGUGGCUUCAACCUGCCAGCUCACCGAAGAAGGCUGGAGAGUGGUUGAUCCCGGGCCGGACGGGAAUGGAUUCUAUGUUCCGCUGUGGUGUAGUUGGCCUGAUAUCCGACCUACGGAUCUUAAUGCGAGAUUGAAUCUGGUUAUUGACGAGGAACUGGGGAUUGUGGUAACGGGCGCGGUGGGGGAGGGGAAGGAGGAGUGGUUGAGGGGAAAACUGGAGGGGGGAGGAGGGGGGUUGGUGAGGACGGGGAAUGCCACGGGGGAGACGUUGCAGGUGUUGCAGCUUUAUGAUGGCGUGUUGCAGGGGCAGCAGGUUAUGUUGUAUUUGAGUGGACCGGGGAUGAGGUCGGUUUGGAGGGAUUAG